AUGUUAAAGAAUAAAUUGUACGUGUACGGUAGUUCGGAAGCCACGUCAGUACCGGCACAUUUGCAUUUCGGUAAACAUAUUUUGAACGAGUUCAAACCCUUCGCGGAUAAUGAUGCAAUUAUUGACUCGAAAACAAACGAAUGUAUCAAAUACAAGGAACUAUCACAGAAAAUUGUCGACAUUGCCCUUUCGCUCACUCAUAUGGGUGUUAGAAAAGGAGACGUGAUUAGUAUAUGCAGCGUGAAUGUGAUGGAGUUCAUGCCAGUUGUCUUUGGUGCUAUUGCGGCGGGCGCCACGUUCUCCCCGAUUGACGUAUCCUUUGGAGGAAGUAAUACGAUCCUGAUAUUUUAUGGCAAUAUUUCCUUGAAUAUUUUAGAAGGCGAGGACACCAUACAAUUGGUAACGAGCAUUGAAAAAAUCAUUAUAUUUGGAGACCCCAUUGAUGAAGCAAUAGGAUUCAAGGACUUCUUAACCCAGCACGCGAGUGUUGAGGACUUCGAAGCGACUCCUGUGAACGGAGCUGAAGAUUUGGCUCUGAUUUUGUACUCGUCUGGGACAACUGGAAUGCCGAAAGGAAUCAAGGUGACCCAUUUGAAUGUGCUGUUGGUGACAAACAAAGAUAAUGAAAGAGAAAUAGCAGGCUGGAGGACUUUAGGUAUCAGCGAAUGGUACAACUCCUUUGGUCUUAUCACGACUCUACAUAUGCUACGGAGGGGCACAACAGUUGUCUAUUGCAACGAUGGCGAUAUAAGAAAACAGCUUGAAGUAAUUCAAGAGUACAAGAUAAACAUAAUACCAACUACCCCAACGCAUCUUAUUGCCCUGUUGAAGCUAAAAGACCUGGCCAAAUAUGAUACAAGCACAAUCAAAAGCGUUUUCGUAGUAGAUUUAAAAACGAGAGAACCUCUGGGACCAAAUCAGAAAGGAGAGAUAUGCUUCAAGACACCAGCACUCAUGAAAGGUUAUAUAGGCGUGGACUACGAAUAUUUGGACGAUGAAGGUUUUUUCAAAACUGGUGAUAUUGGUUACUACGAUGAAGACAAAUAUUUUUAUGUCGUGGAUAGGAUUAAAGACCUCAUCAAGUACAACAGCUACCAGGUAGCUCCCGCUGAGCUGGAGGCGCUUUUGCAAAAGCACCCCGCGGUUCGUGAGGCGGGUGUGGUAGGUGCUCCGCACGAGGACCUGCAGGAACUGCCGACCGCCUUCGUGGUACUGCAACCUGGAGCUCAAGCAACUGAACAGGAACUAGUAGAUUUUGUCGAUAAAUAUAUAUCACACAGAAUGCGACUCGCGGGUGGAGUGCGCUUCGUCGACGCUAUACCUCGCUGCAAUGGAAUUAAAGUCGAUAGAAAAAAACUCAGACUAAUGCUUGCAGAAUAAUUGAUUCGUUUGUUUAUUUAUUUUAAGUAAG